AUGUCUACUCCCCAUGUCAUAGCCUCGAGCUCCUCCCACCCCACAUCGACAUCGACAACCUCCAAUGGCAUUGUUGGAAACCACUUUCGUGUGGGCAAGAAAAUCGGAGAGGGCUCGUUCGGCGUUGUUUUCGAAGGUACAAAGAUGGUGUCCAAUGUCCCAGUAGCCAUCAAAUUCGAACCCCGCAAGUCGGAUGCUCCACAACUACGAGACGAGUAUCGUUCUUACAGAACUUUGAAUGGAACUCCCGGUGUCCCCCAAGUACAUCAUUUCGGGCAAGAGGGAUUGCACAACGUUCUGGUAAUUGACUUACUUGGCCCCAAUCUCGAGGACCUGUUUGAUAUGUGCGGCCGCAAAUUUACCAUCAAGACCGUCUGCAUGGCUGCAAAGCAAAUGGUCACCCGCGUUCAAGCCAUUCACGACAAGUCAUUAAUAUACCGCGACAUCAAGCCCGACAACUUCCUUAUUGGCGUUCCCGGUACGAAGAAUGCGAACACUAUCCACAUCAUCGACUUCGGCAUGGCCAAACAUUACCGCGACCCCAAAACAAAGGUCCAUAUCCCUUACCGUGAACGCAAAAGUCUCAGUGGCACUGCGCGAUACAUGUCCAUUAACACGCAUCUUGGACGUGAGCAAUCACGGCGAGACGAUCUUGAGUCGCUCGGUCAUGUGUUCAUGUACUUUCUGCGGGGUGGUUUGCCAUGGCAAGGUCUCCGUGCCGCCACCAACAAGCAAAAGUAUGAGAAAAUAGGCGAGAAGAAGCAAACAACGCCAAUUUCCGAGCUGUGCGAGGGGUUCCCUGAGGAAUUCGCCAUCUACAUGAACUACGUUCGUAAACUCGGGUUUGAAGAAACUCCGGACUACGACUUUUUGCGGGAGCUGUUUUCGAAGGUCUUAAAAUCUGCUGGCGAAGAAGAGGAUCUGGUGUUCGACUGGAUGCUACUCAAUGGCGGCAAAGGCUGGGAAGCCAAUUCGCGCAGUUCGCCCUCCGCUGCUCUGGCGCAAGCACAUGCCAACGCCGCUUCACCACACGGCCAGCGUGCGGACCGAGAACAUCGUCGCGAAAGGGAACGAGAAAGAGGGCACCGAUCAUCACGACAAGUGCCAGAAACUACCUCGCCUUCAACCCCACUUGUUUUAAGUCCGGCUCCUGCUCACGUCAACAAGACUCGUAGGGCAGCUGGGACACGGGAGAACAGCAAUGGCAACAUUGGUAGCGUCCAACCUCUUGCUCCUACGAGGAGGACGAGUCAACAAAAUAAUGCGCCAUUAGCUCCUCAUCCCUACGCCGCGGCCCCCAGUGGAAACGGCUAUGCGAGUGCUCAAGGCGGUCCGAUCACUCCAUUGAGAGCCAGUAAUGUGGGUCAAUUCGGACGCCAAUCACCCAGUCAAUCACGAGGCCUGGGAUUGAAUGGAAACGCGAUGAACGGAAACGGCUCGGAAAGCUUCCUGUACGGCCAGCAACAGGGCUCGGGCCAAAUUGCUGUGGGCGGAACGGCGAGAAUGGGGGUGUAUGAUCAGAUGGAGCGUGUUGGCGAGCAGGACGAAGGUCAUGGUCGCCGGAAAGGAUUUUGGGCUUCGCUUUGUUGCAAAGCUUGA